UAAAUAAUUUUUGACGCCUUUGCCGCUUCGCCUCCUCCUCCUCGUUCUUCGUCCUUCCCCUUCCUCCGCAAAUUUGGGUUUUUUGUUUCUCCAAAUUCUCGAAUUUUCGGGGAAGGGAAAGUAGGGGCAAACCGAUCCGAGAUUCAGAUUCGUUUAAAUUAGGGAGGGAUGCUCACUGGGAAUCACUAUGAAGCGAAGCUGUAUAUGUGAUUGAGUGGGUUUCUAUUUUUGGUGCUGGAAUUGCACUGUGGAAGUGCCGAGCGUGUGAAUUUUGAUUUUUGACCACAAUUGGAUAUGUCUGGGGCACAAGAUUCUGUAGACAUUAGAUUUCGGAUGACCGAUGGAACCGACAUCGGUCCCAGCAGCUUUCCGGUGUCGACCAGUGUGGCAGACCUGAAGGAGAAUAUUAUAUCUCAAUGGCCUACAGAGAAAGAGAAUGGUCCACAAGCAGCAAAAGACCUAAAGUUAAUUUGCACAGGAAGAAUUUUAGAGAACCACAAAACCGUAGGGGAAUGCUGCAAUCCGUUAUGUGACAUACCCGAAGGAAUCAUAACCAUGCAUGUUGUCGUCCAACCCCCCACCCGGAAAGAUGAAAAGUUGCUACGCGAUCCUAAGCCGAAUAAAUGUGGAUGUGUAAUAUUAUGAGAUUCUAAGCAGCAGCAGCCAUGGCAGUUCCCCUCAAAUUAUCGCGCAGCUGUUGUCGUCAUCAUCAUGGAGGUACUCGACAUUUCUCCACGUCCCGUUUUCUUUAAUGACUGAAAAACCUUUUGUUUAUCUGCUUGCUGCAUGCUUUGAUAGUAUUCAGUCAAUGUUUUUGUUCAUAAAUUGAAUAUAUUUUCUUCUUGCUUGUGUUGGAAUGAAUAAAACUACAUUUUGAUAAGCCUUUUUCAUGGUAUUAUGCACUUAGAGUUAAUGAAAUUUAC